AUGUAUGGGUUUGGAUUAAGUGACGAUUUCAUUGAAGUGCUUAAAUCAGUGUGGUGGCAAGGGGGUAGUGGUGAAGGAAGGUACAACAGCUUGGUGACCUGCACGAGGGCCAAGGGCAUCAUUGCCAUCUGCUGGGUGCUCUCAUUUGCCAUCGGCCUGACACCCAUGCUAGGCUGGAACAACUGCAGCCUGCUGAAGGAGGGCAGGAACUCCUCUUGUGGUGAAGGCCAGGUGACGUGUCUUUUUGAGGACGUGGUGCCAAUGAACUACAUGGUAUACUACAACUUCUUCGCUUUCGUCUUAGUGCCCCUGCUGCUCAUGCUGGGCAUCUACCUGCGGAUCUUUCUGGCAGCCCGGCGACAGCUGAAACAGAUGGAGAGCCAGCCCCUGCCAGGGGAGCGGACCCGGUCCACACUUCAGAAGGAGGUCCAUGCAGCCAAGUCAUUGGCCAUCAUUGUGGGACUCUUCGCCCUCUGCUGGCUGCCCCUGCACAUCAUCAACUGCUUCACCUUCUUCUGUCCCACGUGCAGCCAUGCCCCUCUCUGGCUCAUGUACCUGGCUAUUGUCCUUUCGCACAGCAAUUCUGUUGUCAAUCCCUUCAUCUACGCCUACCGGAUCCGUGAGUUUCGUCACACCUUCCGCAAGAUCAUUCGAAGUCACGUCCUGAGGAGGCAGGAACCCUUCAAGGCAGGGGGCACCAGCGCUCGGGCUUUGGCAGCUCACAGUGCUGAAGGAGAGCAGGCCAGCCUCCGUCUCAAUGGCCAUCCCCCUGGGGUGUGGGCCAAUGGCAGCGGUCCCCAUCCUGAGCGGCGGCCCAAUGGCUAUGCCCUAGGGCUGGUGAGUGGAGCGAGUGUCCAGGAAGCCCACCAGGAUGUGAGCCUCGAGGAUGUGGAGCUCCUUAGCUAUGAGCACAAAAGACCUUGCCCAGAGUUGUCUGGCAAAGAGGACCCCCUGGCCCAGGGCAGAGCAGGAAUAUCCUGAUGGUCCAUGGAGUUUGCCCCUUCCUGAGGGAAGCAAAUCAUUGUCUUUCUUGGCUGGACCAGUCACGUUGGGAGAAGAGUAAGCGUGCCAUGAGAGCCAUCAGGCAUCUGGUAACCACUUUGAAUGGAGAGGAAGGAGCCCCAAGCUGGCGUAGCAUGAGGCCCAGCAAGUCUGGCCUGAAGCCUGAGAAAGUAGAUGUUUCAUGCUGCGAGGCCGGGGCUGCAGCCCCAGCGGCCUCUUCACUGGGCAGGGCCCAGUCUUCCACUCCAGAUGCCUCUGGAAGUCCCAGUAGGUCUCUGCAGAGCUGCCAUGGCUUAGUGGACUGGCCUGCAGCAAACCUCCUGUCACACGCACGCCACCCUUCUCAGACUUCCUAGGGCUCAAGAAGCUGCUGGCCUGGAGGUGGCAUUUGACUAAUUUUUUUUUCCCCAGAAGAUAUGAGUGUGAGGAAAUCCUUUCUAUUUUAUUAUCUUCCUCUCCCUGGCUUCUGGGUCUGUUGCCUGUCCUGCUGCUAACCUGGCCUUGGGAGGAUGCCAGGGAGUCUCAGGCAGCCCUCUCCUAUUGUCAACCACGGCUGUGCACUGAACGCCCAGGGCCAUCUCUUGGGGGUGAUGAAAGUGGACUGGAGGACAAGUUGUAACAAGAACGAUGCCAGAGCAUGGGCUCAGGUCCCAGGGGGGCUGGAGCCUGGAGCCUGGAGCCUGGGCAGUUCAGAGCUGCCUCCAGAGAGGCCCUAUCAAACCGGCCUUUCCUUCUAAAGGGAGUGUUUGUUUUUUUCUGAGAUGAAAUAAAAAUGAGCCACAUCGUGUUUUAAGCUGU